AUGAUGAUUGAUGAUACCCAGACUCCAAUCGAGACGCGGCUUUUCAUCAACGGCGAGUUUCGACCCUCGUCAGAUGACAAAACUUUUCCUGUGAUCAAUCCCUUUACUCAAGAGCUAGCUGCGGAUGUCCACGAAGCCAGUAAAGCCGAUGUGAAUGAUGCAGUUGCAGGAGCGAAAGCCGCAUUCCCAGCGUGGAGAAAUCUCUCACCUACCCAGAGAGGCAAAUACUUCCAUAAACUAGCCUCCCUCAUCCGUGAGCACGAACAAGAGUUCGCCCGCUUAGAGGCAUUGUCUUCUGGGAAGCCAGUGUCCCGAUACAUCGAUGCGAGCGUGGCAGCUGAUGCAUUCUCCUACUUUGCUGAAGCGGGCUGGACCGUCCAAGGGUCGUCUAGCUGGAACACCCCCGGCCAGCUCAACAUAACAUCUAAGGAGCCAUAUGGUGUGGUGGCUGCUAUUAUACCUUGGAAUGUCCCGUUCGCCUUCUUCGGCAUCAAGAUUGCUCCUGCGUUGGCAGCCGGGAACACCAUAGUCUUGAAAAGCAGCGAGAAAGCGCCCCUUACAUGUGCUUUUGGAGCAAAACUAAUCGCUGAGGCCGGCUUCCCACCGGGUGUGGUCAAUGUGCUUUCAGGCUAUGGUCCAACCACCGGUGCUAUUCUAGCCUCACACAUGGAAGUGCGCUGUCUCAGCUUCACAGGCUCAACAUUGACGGGGAGAAAGAUCCAGUCAUAUGCUGCUUUGUCCAAUAUGAAGACAGUGCAUGCGGAGUUGGGAGGCAAGACACCCGCCAUUAUCUUCGCCGAUGCAGACCUUGAAUCUGCUGCAGCACAGACUUCAUUCAGUAUUCAGAUCUUUAGUGGACAGACUUGCAAUGCUAACUCGCGUAUCUACGUGCACGAGUCUGUGGCAGACAAGUUCCUGAGUUUAUUUAAAAGCAUGUUCGGAGCUGCGGUUCUGGGAAAUCCUCUAGACAAGGAAACUACCCUGGGUCCACAGGUCGAUCAGGUCCAGUAUGAGCGAGUCAAAUCAUACUUGCUCGUAGGCGAGAAGGAGGGUGAACUGACACUCGGAGGUGAUGCCAAGAAUGGGUAUUUUAUCAAGCCAACGGUGUUCGAAAAUGCUCCAGAGGAUGCGCAGAUUAUGAAAGAGGAGAUCUUCGGGCCCGUAGUUGUCAUCAACACAUUCCGGACGGAGGAAGAGGUACUCGCCAAAGCCAAUGAUAGUGAAUACGGCUUGUAUGCGGCUGUCUUCACGAGGGAUAUUGACCGGGCUGUGCGAGUGUCGAAGCUGCUGGAGGCCGGUACUGUCGGUGUGAAUUGCACGAGUCCUUGUAUGCCGAAAGAUAUGCCCUUCGGUGGCUUUAAGGGGAGUGGAAUGGGCCGUGAGAGCUUUCUGCAUAGCAUGGAUGGUUAUCUUGAGACCAAAGCUAUCUUGAUCCAGGCUGGAUCUUGA